AUGAAGGCCAACCACAGCACAGAGGAGCGCUUCCUCCUGCUGGGUUUCUCCGACUGGCGCUCCCUGCAGCCUGUCCUCCUCGCCCUUGUCCUCCCCUGCUACCUCGUGACUCUGACGAGCAACUCGCCUCUUGUGCUGCUGGCAGUGCGCGACCCGCGCCUGCACACGCCCAUGUACUACUUCCUCUGCCAUCUGGCCCUGGUGGACGCGGGCUUCAUCACCAGCGUGGUGCCGCCGCUGCUGGCCAGCCUGCGCGGCCCGGCGCUGUCGCUGCAGCGCCGCGGCUGCAAGUCCCUGGCGCUGGGCUCGGCCGAGUGCGUCCUCCUGGCGGUGAUGGCGCUGGACCCCGCCCAGGGGCAGGGCAAGUUCUGCCGCCCGCUGCCCGGCGCCUCCUGGCUCGGCGGCCUCACCAACUCUGCGGCGCAAACGGCGCUCUUGGCGGCGCGGCCUCUGUGCGCGCCCCUCGGGGUGGACCACUUCAUCUGCGAGCUGCCCGCGCUGCUCAAGCUGGCCUGCUCCGGCGGCCGACACGCCACCGAGCGCCAGAUGUUCGCCGCCCGCGUGCUCAUCUUGCUGGUGCCGUCCGCCGUCAUCCUGGCCUCGUAUGGCGCCGUGGCCCUCGGUGUAUGGGGCAUGCGGUCCGGCGGGGGCCAGAGGAAAGCGAUGGGCACCUGUGGGUCUCACCUGACAGCCGUCUGCCUGUUCUACGGCUCGGCCAUCUAUACCUACCUGCAACCCACGCACAGCUACAACCAGGGGCAGGGCAAGUUCGUUUCGCUUUUCUACACUGUAGUCACACCGGCCCUCAACCCACUCAUCUACACGCUCAGCAAUAAAGUGAAGGGGGCAGCGAGGAGGCUCCUGGGGAGUCUGGGGAGAGGGCAAGCUGGGCAGUGA